AUGGAAGCACAGAACAAAACCAGCGCAUCUGAAUUCAUCCUCCUGGGACUGGCUGAAAUGCCAGAACAAGAAACUCUGCUCUUUUCUCUGUUCCUCUGCAUGUAUGUGGUCACAGCUGUAGGGAACCUGUUGAUCAUUGUGGCCAUCAGCUCAGACUCCCGCCUGCACACUCCUAUGUACUUCUUCCUGGCCAAUCUCUCCUUGGUUGAUCUCUGCCUGGCUACCAAUACUGUUCCUAAGAUGCUGGUGAGCAUCCAAACAAAAAACAAGUCUAUCUCCUACUCUUGUUGCCUGACCCAGAUGUACUUUUUCCAUUUCUUUGGAAUCAUGGACAGUGUCUUAAUAGCUGUGAUGGCUUAUGACCGUUUUGUAGCCAUUUGUCAUCCCUUACACUAUACCACCAUCAUGAGCCCAUGGCUCUGUGGACUGCUGGCUGGCAUCCCAUGGGUGCUUUCCUGUUUCAUCUCCCUCACCCAUAUCCUGCUGAUGGCCCACCUGGUUUUCUGCAGCAACAAUGAACUUCCCCACUACUUCUGUGAUCUCACUCCCCUUCUCCGGCUUUCUUGCACAGACACAACUGUGAACAAGAUCUUUGUGCUCAUUGUGGCAGGAAUGGUGAUAGCAUCACCCUUCAUCUGUAUUCUGGCCUCCUAUGCUCAAAUCAUCAUGGCCAUCAUGAAAGUCCCUUCUGUGGGUGGUAGGAAGAAAGCCUUCUCCACCUGCAGUUCCCACCUUUCUGUAGUAGCUCUCUUCUAUGGAACCACCAUUGGAGUGUAUCUCUGUCCCUCCUCGGUCCGCACAGCUGUGAAGGAAAAAGCUUCUGCUGUGAUGUACACGGCAGUUACUCCAAUGUUAAACCCUUUUAUCUACAGCCUCAGGAACAGAGACCUGAAGGAGGCCCUGAGGAAGCUCAUUGCCAGAAAGGUCACACCAUCUUCUUGA